AUGGAUUGCUUAAGGUUUAGUGGCCUCCAUGAAACUUCUGCCAACUCCUAUGAGCUUUUGGUCGAGGCUGCAACUCUCAUACCCAUUUGGCAUUACUUGUGUCAUGUUCUCCAUGGCCGGUACUUGGCCACACCGUGGCUCACGAGCCCUCAUUUGCAGAACUUUUUCCUCAAUUUCUUUGGCAACCCUCCAGCUGCCACUUACCAAAGAGAACUAUUUCGUCUGUCGGAUGGUGGUACUAUUGCACUGGAUUGGGCAGUGAGUUCUUAUGUGUUGCCUAAAGAUGACACAACCCCUAUUGUAGUAGUGCUUCCUGGACUGACCAGUGAUUCUCAAUCUUCUUACAUAAGACAUCUUGCUUUCAACACGGCCAAAAUGGGAUGGAAUGUAGUGAUCAGCAACCACAGAGGACUUGGUGGUGUUCCAAUUACUUCAGACUUGGUUUACAAUUGUGGAUGGACCAACGAUAUUCGUGAAGUCUGCAAUCGCCUCCACCAUAAGCAUCCCAAGGCUCCAUUGUUUCUCAUUGGAACGAGCAUAGAUGUUUCUGCUGACAUUGAGUAUGUGUUAGGUGCCAACAUCUUGGUCAAGUAUCUUGGAGAAGAGGGAGACAAUGCCCCAGUUUCUGGUGCUGCAGCCAUUUCCAAUCCUUGGGACUUUCUCAUUGGUGACAGAUUCAUUCGCCGUACCUACACCAGCAUUGCUAUUCCCGGCUUGCGAAUUGGGAUGGCAAGAUGCGUUGCAUUCGGCAUUACCAUGCUACCUGUGAUGUGGGCGAGUUUGAGACUGUGGACACGUUUUAUAGGCGCACAAGCAGCUCCAUUUAUGUGUGCAAUGUGUGUACGCCUCUGCUUUGUAUCAGUGCCCUGGAUGAUCCAAUCUGCACCAGAGAAGCCAUUCCUUGGGAUGAAUAGGGCUGUGGAUGAGUUUUUUAAGGUUCUGUAUUGUGGCCAAUAUAUGCAUGCACAUAAGAAGAUGAAGACUUCUUCUGGCUCAGAGUUGCCAUUGGGCUCUACAAUUGAUCAGGAUAAGAAACUGGUUUUAUUGGGCAAGGUUGUUGCAGCUGUUGCAUUGGCCAAAGUAGUUGCCAAGAAACUUGGCUUUGUGGCCUGA